AAAUUGGAGUCUGAAGGAGAGGCGUAAAAAAAGAUCAGAUCAAAACUCAGAGCAUAUCUCAUUUUUUCCUAUUUUCCUUCUCAUUUUCCCUCUCCCCAAACACACAAAAAGAAUGGCCGAUCAGCUCACCGACGACCAGAUCUCUGAGUUUAAGGAAGCCUUCAGCUUAUUCGACAAGGACGGCGAUGGCUGCAUCACCACUAAGGAACUUGGCACUGUGAUGCGCUCGUUGGGUCAGAACCCAACUGAAGCGGAGCUCCAGGACAUGAUAAACGAGGUUGAUGCUGAUGGUAACGGUACCAUUGAUUUCCCCGAGUUUCUUAACUUGAUGGCCCGUAAGAUGAAGGAUACUGAUUCAGAGGAGGAGCUCAAGGAAGCUUUCCGUGUUUUCGACAAGGAUCAGAAUGGUUUCAUCUCUGCUGCUGAGCUCCGUCAUGUCAUGACAAACCUCGGCGAGAAGCUGACCGACGAGGAGGUUGAUGAGAUGAUCCGCGAGGCUGAUGUGGACGGUGACGGUCAGAUCAACUACGAGGAGUUUGUCAAAGUCAUGAUGGCCAAGUGAGGAACACUCUACCAAAACCUAAUUAAAAAACAUAAAAAAAGGGGAAACAGGGCAGAUAAGUUUGAGAAAUUCUAUUUCCCUUAGGACAUCUUUAUUUGGUGUUAUUAGCUUUUGUUGGGUUGUCUGUUUUUUGUUGAUUGCAUUAUUUUGUGGUACUUUUAUCAUUACUAUCUACUUGUUUGCUCUGUUUCUUGUUUUGUA